UUUAAAGAAGCGCCUACCCGCCGAAACGUUCUGCCGUCCCCCAAGUUCCUCUAUCCUACUCUCCUAAUCAUCUUCCUUCCCGCAUGCACACGACCUCCUGCAGUGAAACAUUCGCUAUGUCUUUCUCUUCCCUCGUCUCAGAUAUCACCUACCGGAAUUCGGAACGCGCAGCGCAAGAUGACAAGCGCUCUCAGGUCUCCCGCGCACGAUCAUAUGCCAGCACCGCUGCGACCAGCGUGAGCAUAGCGGGCGAUAUAUCGAGCCAAUUGCACGGCGGAUACAGCCACCCUCUUUCACGAGCAUGGCAAGCAGAGAGGCAAUUGACAAAGUCAAUGUUGAUCUACCCCCUCUUCAUAUCCGACCAACCUGACGAAGAAACCCUCAUUCCUUCCCUUCCCAACCAGCAUCGCCGCGGCUUGAACAAAGUCGUUCCUUUCUUAACUCCGUUAGUAGCGAAGGGCUUGAAGUCUGUCAUCUUGUUUGGGGUGCCUAUCGCACCAGGAGCGAAGGAUGCACUGGGAACCAAUGCAGAUGACCCGAAGGGACCCGUCAUCAAGACCAUCCGACUCCUUCGUCGAACCUUCCCCGAGCUCUUCAUCGUCGCCGAUGUCUGCCUCUGCGAGUACACUUCCCACGGCCACUGCGGCAUUCUGCGAGACGAUGGCAGUCUUAACAAUACUCUGUCGGUAGAUAGAAUCAGCGACGUCGCUAUGGCAUAUGCGGAAGCAGGAGCGCAUUGUGUGGCCCCGUCUGAUAUGAACGAUGGCCGUAUCCGCGCCAUUAAGCUUAAGCUCAUUGAAGCCGGCAUCGCGCAUCAGAUAGUACUGAUGUCGUACUCUGCUAAGUUCUCCGGCUGUCUGUAUGGCCCCUUCCGCGAUGCCGCAGGAUCAUGUCCUUCAUUUGGUGACCGACGAUGCUACCAACUUCCUCCAGGCGGGCGGGGUCUUGCACGACGAGCUAUUACACGUGAUAUCAACGAGGGCGCAGAUAUCAUCAUGGUGAAACCUGCUAGCCAGUACCUCGACAUCAUUAGCGACGCUAAGGAGAUUGGAAAAGAUCUCCCAGUUGCUGCUUAUCAAGUCUCGGGCGAGUUUGCAAUGAUUCACGCGGCGGCGAAGGCAGGUGUCUUUGAUUUGAAGGCGAUGGCGUUCGAGGCGACGGAAGGUAUCUUGAGAGCUGGUGCUACUAUAGUCGUGAGCUACUUUACUCCCGAAUUCUUAGAUUGGCUAGACAACUGAGUUUCGCUGUCAUUCUUACGAUUUCCUUACUUUCUUCAAAAAGCUUUUUUAUCCAUGGAGCCUUAUGUCUAACCGUCAUGUCUAGUCGGAAAUGGGUUACAAUUUGUAUUGGUCCUCCUAUAAUGAUAG